UGUUGGAGACGCAGUGUCUCACCGCUGUCUGGUCCUGACAGUCACUCCGAACCGAUCAGAUGGCCAUGGGAAUCUAGCCCUUCAAUCGAAGAAUCACUUACAUGCCACAUGAGGAAGAUGGCAAAGUCACGUUUGCCUGGCGGUGAUGCCGCUGCUAGAACCGAGGAUGAGCCGGUUAAGGUAGCCGGGCGCUUCCGCACUGCGGUGCCUCAGGUGCUGGCGACUACAGCGAAGAACAUGAUCCUUCUGGAUCUCGGCAUGACCGUCGCGUUCCCUACAAUCGUCAUCCCGGCGCUGAGCAACACCCUGGAUCCUCUGGCACUGAACAGCGAGCAGACGUCGUGGUUCGGAAGCAUCAUGUUCAUCUGCCAGCCGGUGGGGAGUGUCCUGUCCGGUAUUGUGUUGGAACAGCUAGGCCGGAAGAAGUCCAUGAUCCUGGUCAACUUCCCCCACGUCAUCGGUUGGUUCAUCUACUACUUUGCCAGCUCAGUGCCGAUGCUGUACCUGUCCGCCGUCAUCAUGGGACUGGGCGUCGGAUUCAUGGAGGCGCCCAUCAUCACGUACGUCGGGGAGAUCAGUCAGCCGCAGCUGCGAGGAAUCCUCACUUCAUACUCAGGUAUGUUCGUGCAACUCGGGUUCUUCCUCGAGUUUCUGCUGGGCACUGUGUCAAACUGGAGGACGGCGGCGGCUAUCAGCGCUGCGGUACCUAUUGCCACGGUGAUCGCCAUAACCCAGGUUCCUGAGACACCAAUAUGGCUGCUAUCUAGGGGUCGUUUCGAAGAAGCCGAGAAAUCGCUAUGCUGGCUCCGAGGUUGGGUCUCUCCAGCCGCCGUCAGCAGAGAAUUCAACGAGCUCGUACUUUACACUGAGAAGAUGAAAAGGCUAAAGCACGGUCCCCCCAAAUCAGCUGAGGGUGACGAUGCCGAGCGUGUGUCUCCAUCGGACGUCGCUUGCAGAGAAGGCGUCUGCGUGGGGAAAAUUCGACAGCUGCUGAAGCCACAGACUCUGCGGCCGCUCUCGUUGGUCCUCAUGUUCUUCUUCUUCCAACACGCUUCUGGUUUCACUGCCAUGCGACCAUACUUGGUUCAAGUGUUUGACGAAUUUGGGUUGCCUUUAGACGCUCACUGGGUUACAGUAUUAACCGGCGUGGUUGGUCUCGUAGGCAAUAUUGUCUGCAUGGUAGGAGUAUCUUGGUGCGGUAAGCGCCCAUUAUCGCUUGUCUCGAUGGCUGUGGCAUCUAUGGCUUCCCUCCUCCUAGGGGCCUACGCCUUCGCUGUGCUAUCACCCGGAGAUGUGGCCACAGGUGGCACGCGGCAUACUGCUUCUUGGACACCCCUGACCCUGUUUGUGGUCUAUGCUUUCAUGCAAAACACUGGGGUGCAGCCGAUACCGUGGAUGAUUCUCAGCGAGGUGUUUCCAUUCAGGAGCCGCGGACUAGCAAGUGGUACAGCCGCGGCGGGUUCUUACAUCCUAGCGUUCCUGGCCUCGAAAACGUUCCUGUCCCUGAAAUCGGCACUGGGUCUCCACGGGGUCUUCUGGCUCUACGGCAGUCUUGGCUUCGUCGGAUUCUUUGCCAUUUACUGGACUUUCUCAGAGACCGAAGGGCGAAGCCUAGAAGAUAUUGAAGAAUUCUACAAGAAAGGAAUCAGAGGCAAAAUACCGAAGAAAGAGAUUUCAGAAAGAGUUGCAAAAGAAUCUUCCACGAAAUUUAGUCCUUCCACUGAUUCCAUAACAACAGAAAGGGAGGAUGGUGUCGGCAUCAGCGAUGUCGAGGUCACGAACCAACUUUUCACAAAUGCGGCAAGAAAAUUAAAAUCAAGCAACGAAGUAAAUGGCGAAUUAAUGUCUGGUGUAAGCACCGAGACAGUGGACACUACGUUCACAGUCUCAACGUUUGACUUGCAAGAUCCGAAAUCCUCCACUGAAGAUGUAAACGAGAAG